AUGAUGAAUAGGCAAUUGGCCCAGCUGGCGAGUUCGAUGGGUGAAUUGAAGGGAAAUUCCGGGAAGCUGCCGUCUACAGUCCAUGUACCCGAGAAGGCAAACGUGAGUAAGGUUACACUACGGUCAGGAACUGCCUAUGAGGGACCCCAACCAAGGAAGCCCAGCGGAGAGCCUAGUAGGACGAAGAUACUGAGAGACGUCGUCUCAGAAGAAGAGCUCAAAAGACCUCUACCUCAAAUGCAAGAUCCGUUCUUCUUGGAGGAAGCACCACUGGGAAGAGAUGAAACCGAGGGCGUACGACCUAGGGAAGACCCUCCUAAGGAAGCAGAACCCGCGAAGGAGACUCCUGCCCAGAAUGUACCCCAGAAAGACCCCGGGAAGGAUUUGAAAGGACCGGUGGCGCUGGCCGGUUUUGGUCAAAUCGGGGAAAAAGGGAGCGUGACCGAAGAAACCCCAUCGGAACUGAUUGUGCCAUCCACGGCUACACCACCCAUCUCCAUUCCGACUUCCUCCGAAAUUCCACCCAAAAGAGAAUCUCCAUCGGCGACCGCACCGUCGGAACCCUCUCAAACUCCACAACCGAGCGACUCAAUGGAAGAUGAUCCCAUCUCCGCCUAUUACGAUUCCGAUUCAGAGGAGCGUGAGGCGAGGAAAAGCAAGGAGCAGGGGAACCAAGAGUAG